CGCACUUCAUGCCUCCUUCCCCCUCCUCACUCUCUCUCUAACUUUCUCUCUCUAAAAUUAGUACCAGUAGUACAAUGCAACGGGCACUUCCCUACCGAACAUGGCUUCCGGCCACCGGAAUAUCCGCCGGCGGUCAGUCUCCGGCGACAGAGAAAACCAGCUCUAACGGAGACAUAGAAGACGGAAGCAUUAAUGUGAAAAAAUUGGUGUCGGAAAAUGCGGUGAUGGUGUUUGGGGGACGAGGGUGCUGCAUGUGCCACGUGGUGAAACUCUUGCUCUUAGGGCAUGGCGUGAACCCUAACAUUCUGGAGGUUGAUGAAGCUGCAGUGACCGAAGAAUUGUCGAGAAUUAUGGGCGGUGUGGAGGAAGGAAAUGAUGGGCGGCCAAAGUUUCCGGUGGUGUUUAUUGGCGGGAAGUUGUUUGGUGGGCUGGAAAAAAUUAUGGCAACUCAUAUUUCAGGUGAGUUGGUACCUAUGUUGAGAGAAGCUGGUGCCCUUUGGCUUUGACAGGUUUGACUUACUCUCAACAGUUUGGGAAUAGAUUGCAACAAAAUUUCUUUUGUAUGUGAUUGUCCUUUUUUGAGUGAUUUUUUGAAAGAUGGAGCAAAAAGGCUUGAGAAAAAAAGACUAUUCAUCCAUGUAAUUUUGGUUGUUUUUUUUGGUUUUGUUGUUGUAUAGAUUAGCGGGCUUCAUUUGUUUUAUUGACUAUAUAUAUCUUCCUCAUAUUAAAAGUC